AUGGUGUACUCUGCCGACGGUUUCACCUGGACACCUUCGGGCGGACGCCGUACAGGCCUGCCCACCAUCGGCGUCGUCCAGCCUCCCGAGCACCACUCUGCGCAGCCGCACCAUCAAGUCCACGACGUCAUUGUCAUUGGCGCAGGGUAUGCCGGUCUGAUCGCCGCUCGAGACUUGGCCACUCAAGGCAAGACGACGCUUCUGCUCGAGGCUCGCGAUCGUCUUGGCGGUCGCACGUGGAAUGCCACCAUCAACGGCUUCAACUAUGAAAUGGGCGGAACUUGGAUCCAUUGGCACAUGCCGCACAUUUAUCGCGAAGUGUCGUAUUACGGCCUGCACAAUGACUUCAUCGUCACCCAGAAUCCCGGCAGCAAGGAAGACUACUUUACUGCCACCACGGGCACCCGCCAGCGCAACAUGUCGCACGACGAAGAGGCGGAUAUAGCAGGCCGAGUGCUGCGCAUCUUUUGCAAUCUGGACGGGCAUGAUCUCAAGCACUCAUGGAAAUACCCAUUCGGGACGGGGCAGUCGCCCGAUCUCAUGGCCCAGUGGGAUCAGCGAUCCUGCAAGGACCGACUAGACGAGAUUCGGGACCAGCUCUCGGCAGAAGAGCUGAGCGUCCUCGAGUCCCAGCUGCUUCAGAUGGGAGGCAGCUCUCUCGACAAGAUCGGAUUGCUCGGCGUGCUACUCUGGUGGUCGCUGGGAUCCCAUACUCCCACGGGGCUCAACGAUAUUGGUCUGCAUACCAGACUGCAGAGCGGACAGAGCGAGCUGCACCGACGCAUCUUUGAGCACGCAAAGGCUACCGAAAAUCUCUCCUACCGCUUCCAAACCCCCAUCCGCCGUAUUGAGGAUGGCAGCGAUGUAGUUACCGUCACGUCUAGAGACGGACAGACGUACAAGGCAAAGUCCGUCAUCUGCACCAUCCCCCUCAAUGUUCUAUCGUCGGUCGACUUUUCACCGCCACUCCCCGCGGACAAGCUAGCGGCCAUACAGCACAAGUCUGUCAACAGGUGUAACAAGGUCCACAUCGACUUGAACGGGCCCGACUAUUUGUCCUGGUCCUCGCUAGGGACGCCUGGAAAGGGCCUCGUCUCGGCGUUUGGAGAUCACUUGACCAACGCCAACAACUCUCAUCUCGUCUGUUUUGGCCCUGACCCCGACACCCCCUUGGGGCUGUCCCUUGAUAAUGUCGAAUCCAUCAAGUCCGCCGUGAUCCACCUCCUGCCCGAGGACAAGCAACAAGAAGUCAUCAUCAACCGCAUUGUAUCCCACGACUGGAACAAUGACGAGUUUUCAAACGGCACCUGGUGUUUCAUGGAACCAGAAGCCACAACAAACCAUCUAUCUGCCCUCCAGCGGCCACACGGCAGCAUACUCUUUGCAAGCGCCGACUGGUCGGAUGGCUGGCGUGGAUGGAUCGACGGAGCUGUCCAAAGUGGGACACAGGCGGCAAAGACGGUCAUGCUCCAGAUGAAAGUCUCCAGAAACAAUGCUCCAAAGGCGCAGAAAACGGCCAACGGAGUCUGA